AUGGACCUUGAUAAACCGUCUGUCUGGGGCUCAUUUAAACAGCGGACCAGGCCUUUGUUGGUCAACCUGAGCAAGAGGAAGGUGAAGAAAACCUCAAGCAAAGCCCUGGACUUACAGGCCCAGCAUCAUCUGGACCGCCGCCUGAGCCUGUCUGUCCCGGACCUCCUGGAGGCUGAGGCCCUGGCCCCCGAGGGGCGGCCUUACUCCGGCCCCCAGUCAUCCUAUACCUCGGUGCCCAGCAGCCUAUCGACCGCCGGCAUUGUUCCCAAGAGCAGCAGUAGCUCUUUGAAGCAAUCCGAAGAAGAACUGGAUUGGAGUCAGGAAGAAGUGGGCCCCUUCCAAGUGGGGGAAACAGACCCCGAGGAGCCCUUCACCUCUCCUGCCGAGGACAGGAGGGCUUCCAGCAACGGCUCCUUGGGUCUGCUCCAGAAAACGCCCCCUGGAGAGGAUGCCACCGAAGGGCCAGAGGAGCUCUGUGGAAGUGGUGAUCUGAAUGCCGCUCUGACAUCUCAGCAUUUCAAAGAGCAAUCUGGUCUCAGGGAAGCUGGCGAUGGCUUGAGUAACCUGCCCAGCCCUUUUGCCUACCUUCUCACCAUCCACCUGAAGGAAGGUCGGAACCUGGUGGUCCGGGAUCGCUGUGGCACGAGUGAUCCCUAUGUGAAGUUUAAGCUGAAUGGGAAGACCCUGUACAAAAGUAAAGUCAUAUAUAAGAACUUGAACCCAGUCUGGGACGAGAUAGUCGUAUUGCCAAUUCAAAGCCUUGAUCAAAAGCUGCGUGUGAAGGUAUAUGAUCGAGAUUUAACUACAUCUGAUUUCAUGGGUUCUGCUUUUGUCAUUUUGAGUGAUCUUGAGCUUAACAGAACGACUGAGCAUAUCUUAAAAUUGGAAGAUCCAAACAGUUUAGAAGAUGACAUGGGAGUGAUUGUAUUAAAUUUGAACCUAGUAGUAAAACAGUGUGAUUUCAAGAGACACCGUUGGUCGAAUCGGAAGCGGUUAAGUGCCAGUAAGUCCUCUUUGAUACGCAACCUCCGGCUCUCAGAGUCCUUGAAAAAGAACCAACUCUGGAACGGGAUUAUAAGUAUAACUUUGUUGGAAGGAAGGAAUGUCUCAGGCGGAAGCGUGGCAGAGAUGUUUGUCCAGUUAAAACUGGGAGAUCAGAGGUAUAAAAGUAAGACACUGUGUAAGAGUGCAAAUCCGCAGUGGCGGGAACAGUUUGACUUUCACUACUUCUCUGACAGGAUGGGCAUUUUGGACAUUGAAGUGUGGGGAAAGGACGGCAAAAAGCAUGAGGAACGUUUGGGCACGUGUAAAGUGGAUAUCUCAGCCCUCCCACUCAAGCAAGCCAAUUGCUUGGAGCUGCCAUUGGAAAGCUGCCUGGGGACCCUUCUGAUGCUGGUCACCCUCACACCCUGUUCAGGGGUCUCGGUCUCAGAUUUGUGUGUGUGCCCCUUGGCAGACCCCAGCGAGAGAAAGCAGAUCGCCCAGCGCUUUUGCUUACAGAACUCCCUGAAAGAUAUGAAGGACGUCGGCAUUUUACAAGUGAAGGUUUUAAAGGCAGUAGAUCUCUUAGCAGCAGAUUUCUCAGGGAAGAGCGAUCCCUUUUGCUUGUUGGAGUUAGGAAAUGACCGACUUCAGACACAUACCAUUUACAAAAACCUCAACCCUGAGUGGAACAAAGUUUUUACAUUUCCCAUUAAAGAUAUCCAUGAUGUUUUGGAAGUGACAGUGUUUGAUGAAGAUGGAGACAAACCUCCUGAUUUUCUUGGAAAAGUCGCCAUUCCCUUGCUGUCUAUUCGAGAUGGACAGACAAACUGUUACGUGUUGAAGAAUAAAGAUUUAGAACAAGCUUUUAAAGGAGUUAUUUACUUGGAGAUGGACCUCAUAUAUAAUCCGAUCAAAGCAAGUAUUCGGACCUUUACUCCCAGAGAAAAGCGGUUUGUUGAGGAUGGCCGCAAGCUGUCCAAAAAGAUCUUAUCCAGAGAUGUAGACCGAGUGAAGAGACUCACCAUGGCUAUGUGGAAUACAAUACAGUUCCUUAAAAGCUGCUUCCAGUGGGAAUCCACGCUGAGAAGUACAGUAGCAUUCAUGGUGUUCUUAGUCACUGUCUGGAACUUUGAACUCUACAUGAUCCCUCUGGCUUUAUUGCUCCUCUUUGUCUACAAUUCCAUCGGAACUGCGAGAGGGAAGGGUGGCAGCAUCCAGGACAGCCAGGAGAGCCCGGACAUGGAUGAGGAGGAGGAUGAAGAUGACAAGGAAUCUGAGAAGAAGGGCUUAAUUGAAAGAAUCUACAUGGUUCAGGAUAUUGUCUCAACUGUUCAAAACAUCUUGGAGGAAUUAGCCUCUUUUGGAGAAAGAAUUAAGAACACAUUUAACUGGACGGUCCCAUUCCUUUCAUUCCUGGCCUGUUUGAUACUGGCAGUUGCCACCAUCACACUGUAUUUCAUUCCACUCCGGUACAUCAUUUUAAUCUGGGGCAUAAACAAAUUCACUAAGAAGCUUCGAAACCCCUUUGCCAUCGACAAUAAUGAGCUUCUGGACUUCCUCUCCAGGGUACCAUCUGAUGUUCAAAAGGUGCAGUAUGCGGAGUUGAAGCCGGGCGGUAGCCAGAGCCCCAUUCGGAAGAAGCGCAACGCGCUCUAG